GGUGCUGGGCCAAGGGAUAGAAGGGACACGGAGGCCGCCCUCGCCCGGCCACCCCCCACCCGCUUUCCCCCUGCCCGGGCUCCGGGAGAUGUGCCGGGCGGGGGGCACGGGUUCGUGGAGCCACAGGAGGGACACGCAGGGCCGACCCCAGAACUGCGCUGGACAGGCUGGUGGGCCAGGCUGUGGUGCCCACCAGGUGAUGCAGAGCAAGGGCCCUUACACAGGCCACUGAGAGUCCCGGACGUGCCCCUGGCUGCCACCAUGGCCCGCCUGGCCGCAGUGCUCUGGAGUCUGUGUGUCACUGCCGUCCUGGUCACCUCAGCCACCCAAGGCCUGAGCCGGGCUGGGCUUCCGUUCGGGCUGAUGCGCCGGGAGCUGGCAUGCGAAGGCUACCCCAUUGAGCUUCGGUGCCCAGGCAGCGAUGUCAUCAUGGUGGAGAAUGCCAACUAUGGGCGGACGGAUGACAAGAUUUGCGACGCUGACCCUUUUCAGAUGGAGAAUGUACAGUGCUACCUGCCAGACGCCUUCAAGAUCAUGUCACAGAGGUGUAACAAUCGCACCCAGUGCGUGGUGGUCGCUGGUUCUGAUGCCUUUCCUGACCCCUGUCCUGGGACCUACAAGUACCUGGAGGUGCAGUACGACUGUGUCCCCUACAUCUUCGUAUGCCCAGGGACCCUGCAGAAGGUGCUGGAGCCCACAUCCACGCAUGAGUCAGAGCACCAGUCUGGCGCCUGGUGCAAGGACCCACUGCAGGCGGGCGACCGCAUCUACGUAAUGCCCUGGAUCCCCUACCGCACGGACACUCUGACUGAGUACGCCUCUUGGGAGGACUACGUGGCAGCACGCCACACUACCACCUACCGCCUACCUAACCGUGUGGAUGGCACUGGCUUCGUGGUCUACGAUGGUGCUGUCUUCUACAACAAGGAGCGCACGCGCAACAUUGUCAAGUAUGACCUGCGGACGCGCAUCAAGAGUGGGGAGACAGUUAUCAACACCGCCAACUACCACGACACCUCACCCUACCGCUGGGGGGGCAAGACUGACAUCGACCUGGCAGUGGAUGAGAAUGGGCUGUGGGUCAUCUACGCCACCGAGGGCAACAAUGGGCGACUAGUGGUGAGCCAGCUCAACCCCUACACACUGCGCUUUGAGGGCACAUGGGAGACAGGCUAUGACAAGCGUUCGGCAUCCAACGCCUUCAUGGUAUGCGGUGUCUUGUACGUGCUACGCUCUGUAUAUGUGGAUGAUGACAGUGAGGCAGCCGGCAACCGCGUGGACUACGCCUUCAACACCAAUGCCAACCGCGAGGAACCUGUCAGCCUUGCCUUCCCCAAUCCCUACCAAUUCAUUUCCUCCGUUGACUAUAACCCUCGUGACAACCAGCUUUAUGUGUGGAAUAACUACUUUGUGGUGCGCUACAGCUUGGAGUUCGGGCCACCCGACCCCAGCGCUGGCCCAGCUACUUCCCCACCCCUCAGCACAACCACCACAGUCCGGCCCACACCUCUCACCAGCACAGCCUCACCUGCAGCCACCACCCCGCUUCGCCGGGCACCCCUCACCACGCACCCAGUGGGUGCCAUCAACCAGCUGGGACCUGACCUGCCACCAGCCACAGCCCCAGCUCCCAGCACACGGCGGCCUCCAGCCCCUAAUCUGCAUGUGUCUCCUGAGCUUUUCUGUGAGCCCCGAGAGGUACGGCGGGUCCAGUGGCCAGCCACCCAGCAGGGCAUGCUGGUGGAAAGGCCCUGCCCCAAGGGCACACGAGGAAUUGCCUCCUUCCAGUGUCUACCAGCCCUGGGGCUCUGGAACCCCCGGGGCCCUGACCUCAGCAACUGCACCUCCCCCUGGGUCAACCAGGUGGCCCAGAAGAUCAAGAGCGGAGAGAAUGCAGCUAACAUCGCCAGUGAGCUGGCCCGCCACACUCGGGGCUCCAUCUAUGCGGGGGAUGUUUCAUCAUCUGUGAAGCUGAUGGAGCAGCUUCUGGACAUUCUGGAUGCCCAGCUGCAAGCCUUGCGGCCCAUUGAACGCGAGUCGGCUGGGAAGAACUACAACAAGAUGCACAAGCGAGAGAGAACUUGCAAGGAUUAUAUCAAGGCUGUGGUAGAGACAGUGGACAAUUUGCUCCGGCCGGAGGCUCUUGAGUCCUGGAAGGACAUGAAUGCCACAGAGCAGGUGCACACAGCCACCAUGCUCCUGGAUGUCCUGGAGGAGGGUGCCUUUCUCCUGGCUGACAAUGUCAGGGAGCCUGCCCGCUUCCUGGCUGCCAAGGAGAAUGUAGUCCUGGAGGUCACAGUCCUGAACACAGAGGGCCAGGUGCAGGAAUUGGUGUUCCCCCAGGAGGAGUACCCAAGAAAGAACUCUAUCCAGCUAUCUGCCAAAACCAUCAAGCAGAACAGCCGCAAUGGGGUGGUCAAAGUUGUAUUCAUUCUCUACAACAACCUGGGCCUCUUCCUGUCCACGGAGAAUGCCACAGUGAAGCUGGCAAGUGAAGCAGGUGCAGGUGGCCAGGGUGGUGCCUCCCUGGUGGUAAAUUCACAGGUCAUUGCGGCAUCCAUUAACAAGGAGUCCAGCCGCGUCUUCCUCAUGGACCCUGUCAUCUUCACCGUGGCCCACCUAGAGGACAAGAACCACUUCAAUGCUAACUGCUCCUUCUGGAACUACUCGGAACGUUCCAUGCUGGGCUACUGGUCAACCCAGGGCUGCCGCCUGGUGGAGUCCAACAAGACCCAUACCACGUGUGCCUGCAGCCACCUCACCAACUUCGCUGUGCUCAUGGCUCACCGUGAGAUCUACCAGGGCCGCAUCAAUGAGCUGUUGCUGUCUGUCAUCACCUGGGUGGGCAUCGUAAUCUCCCUGGUCUGUCUGGCCAUCUGCAUCUCCACCUUCUGCUUCCUGCGGGGGCUACAGACUGACCGUAAUACCAUUCACAAGAACCUGUGCAUCAACCUUUUCCUGGCUGAGUUGCUCUUCCUGGUUGGGAUUGACAAGACUCAGUAUGAGAUCGCCUGCCCCAUCUUCGCUGGCUUGCUGCACUACUUCUUCCUGGCAGCCUUCUCCUGGCUGUGCCUAGAGGGCGUCCACCUCUACCUGCUGCUGGUGGAGGUGUUUGAGAGCGAGUAUUCCCGCACCAAGUACUACUACCUGGGCGGCUACUGCUUCCCAGCCCUGGUGGUGGGCAUUGCAGCUGCCAUUGACUACCGCAGCUAUGGCACUGAGAAGGCCUGUUGGCUUCGAGUGGAUAAUUAUUUCAUCUGGAGCUUCAUAGGGCCUGUCUCCUUUGUUAUCGUGGUGAACCUGGUAUUCCUCAUGGUGACCCUGCACAAGAUGAUCCGAAGUUCAUCUGUGCUCAAGCCUGACUCCAGCCGCCUUGACAACAUUAAAUCCUGGGCCCUGGGGGCCAUCGCAUUGCUCUUCCUGCUGGGUCUCACUUGGGCUUUCGGGCUGCUAUUCAUCAAUAAGGAAUCUGUGGUCAUGGCCUAUCUCUUCACCACCUUCAACGCCUUCCAGGGGGUCUUCAUCUUCGUCUUUCACUGCGCCUUACAAAAGAAGGUGCACAAGGAGUACAGCAAGUGCCUGCGUCACUCCUACUGCUGCAUCCGCUCCCCACCCGGGGGUACUCACGGCUCCCUCAAGACUUCAGCCAUGCGUAGCAACACCCGAUACUACACAGGGACCCAGAGCCGAAUCAGGAGGAUGUGGAAUGACACCGUGAGGAAACAGACAGAGUCCUCCUUCAUGGCAGGCGACAUCAACAGCACCCCCACCUUGAACCGAGGUACCAUGGGGAACCACCUGCUGACCAACCCUGUGCUGCAGCCCCGAGGAGGAACUAGCCCAUACAACACCCUCAUUGCUGAGUCAGUGGGCUUCAACCCCUCCUCACCCCCUGUUUUCAAUUCUCCAGGAAGCUACCGGGAACCCAAGCACCCCUUGGGAGGCCGAGAAGCCUGCGGCAUGGACACCCUGCCUCUGAACGGCAACUUUAACAACAGCUAUUCCUUGAGAAGUGGGGAUUUCCCUCCAGGGGAUGGGGCCCCUGAGCCACCCCGAGGUCGGAACCUGGCAGACGCAGCUGCCUUUGAGAAGAUGAUCAUCUCAGAGCUGGUACACAACAACCUGCGGGGGAGCAGCAGCGGGGCCAAGGGCCCUCCGCCACCUGAGCCACCAGUGCCACCCGUGCCAGGGGGCGGUGGUGAGGAAGAGGCAGGCGGUCCCGGGGGUGCUGACCGGGCGGAGAUUGAACUUCUCUAUAAAGCCCUGGAGGAGCCUCUGCUGCUGCCCCGGGCCCAGUCGGUGCUGUACCAGAGUGAUCUGGACGAGUCAGAGAGCUGCACAGCAGAGGAUGGUGCCACCAGCCGGCCCCUCUCCUCCCCUCCAGGCCGGGACUCCCUCUAUGCCAGCGGGGCCAACCUGCGGGACUCGCCCUCCUACCCGGACAGCAGCCCUGAGGGGCCCAGUGAGGCUCUGCCCCCACCCCCACCUGCACCUCCUGGGCCCCCUGAAAUCUACUACACCUCGCGACCACCAGCCCUGGUGGCGCGGAACCCGCUACAGGGCUACUACCAGGUGCGGCGGCCUAGCCAUGAGGGCUACCUGGCAGCCCCAGGCCUUGAGGGGCCAGGGCCCGAUGGCGACGGGCAGAUGCAGCUGGUCACCAGCCUCUGAGGGGACCUCAUAGACCAGGGCUGGUGGCCCAAGCCAGGGAGGGAAUCCUGGGCAGGGUUCUGGUGGGAGAGGAAGACUGAUGGAGGUAGUGGCUGGUGGGCCACUCUCUCCAGGUACCCCUUAGCCAUGGGCCCUACUGUCCCUACAUGGGGUUCUGACCUGGGGGCCCAAGGUGCCCAGGUUCACAGACAGGGUUUCCCACCAGCCACAUACACCAGCUCUAUUUGGGGGAAGUUCAGUGAGGAGGAGCCAAGAGGUCCCCAGUGGAGUAAGAAGAGAGAACCUGGAAGGGUGCAGCCCACUUGAUUCCCCACUUCAUGCUUCCUACCCCCUAUAGGGAAGUAAGAGGUUUAGUUUCCCUGGGGGGGGGGGAGGGGCAGCUUUUGAAGUUGCCAAAGCCCCUCCAGACACUGGAUCAAACCUGUCAGCUGCUCUUCUCCACAGCCAGAAAAGCUGCCAGCUGCACUGCAAGAGAGCAGUGAGAUAAGAUGAGAUGGGACAGACAGAUAGGUUUCUUCUGCACUAAAUGGGCAGUUGUGGCUGGUGGUUUAAAGGCCGAACUUUUUCUGAAGCUCCUUCCCCCUUGCUCUUGGUCCCUGCCUCCCAAACAAGCCUGCCCCUCAGCCCUCCAAGAGUGCACCCAAUGACCCCCUCCCUUGGGGCGACUCCUGAUGAAGCACAACUCCCCGCAGGGCCCCGAGCCCACAGGGGUGGCCAUAUUUGGGCAGUUCCCAGUCCUGUGGGCUUGGCUAUCUGGGGAGCAGAUUUUGGGUCUGGAUCUCCCUGGGGAGUGGGUCCUGGGCUUGGAUCUUUCCCUAGGGGACCCUCUUGCCCCUUUCUCUCUCCUCUUCCUCCCCCAUUGCUGUAAAUAAUUCAACAAAAUGGAAAAGAAAAAAAAAAG